UUAACAUUUCAAUAGCACGACUGCCACAGUGCCACGACCUACGGGCCACGACUGGUCUUCCUCUGCACUUUAGCACAUUUAGUAUUAACUAUCAGCAGCGGCUCUUGGUCCGUUCACUGAAUCGACUGAUAUUCGAGUUAUUGCGUCGUUCCGUUUAUUAUUAUAUUUUGGUCUACAAAGUGUCCGAAUUGAUCGAGAACGGCGAGUGCUCUGUGAAGCGAGAAGAGUUGGAAUUAAUGUUAUAUUUACACAGCACCGUGUGAUGAAAUAAAGUUUACCUAUAUAGUGUUUGUCGAUCGUACGUCAAAUAUUUCAAAUCUAAAACUAAAAAAUUGGUCAACGAAUAAUGACCAUGUCGAGUUAUAAUCAGUGGGAGGCCCUCCUAAACUCGAUGGACCACGAUAGUCUAGGUGCCAGUAACCUGCUGUAACRAUAUAUCUACCUGUUACAUGAUUAAUAUUGUGUUGGCCAGACAUGGAAUGGGGAUGGGACCCCUUGGAAUCAACCACUGAUGUGAGUGUAUCAGACGACACGUUUAAGGUAGUAAUUCAUCCAAACACUAGUAAAGGUACCGGAGCUGUUCGUGGAGACAUGCCGUUUAUGCCCGGUCAUAUCUACUAUUGGGAGAUCAAAAUGGAAGGUUCGCCUAUGGCCACUGACAUGAUAGUUGGUGUUGGCACAAAAGAUUUCGACUUGGAGAGCUCUGAAAAUGAAUAUACCAGUCUAAUAGGAUCAGAUGAGAAAUCGUGGGGAUAUUCUUUUAGAGGUGUCAAACACCACGGUGGAGAAAGUUUGAUAUAUGGUCAAAGCUAUUUUCGCGGUGAUGCAUUGAUAGGAGUUCGAUUGGAUAUGUGCAGAGGGACAUUGGAAUUUUUCCGUAAUAGAAUUCCAUUAGGUGUGGCUUUUGAAAAACUGAAUAAUAAAAAUCCCCUCUAUCCCAUGGUUUGCUCCACUGCAUGCCGAACUAAUUUCACAAUAAAUUACUGCCAUUCAUUGCCAGUAAAUCUACAACUGUAUUGUUUGCAAGCUCUUGACUCUAAAAAGACUUCAUUAAUACCAUUUGGUAUUUCAAAAAUGCUAAUGGACUCUUGGUGGAUUCCUAAAUCUUAUUCUUCUUAAMAUAACUUAAUAUUUCAUAGUUAUAUUUUAUUUUUUAAGAUAACUUUAUAAUAUUGUUUCUGAGAAAACUUUUAGUAUUUAAGAUAUGUAAACUAUUAAAAAUAAAUAGGUAGUUUUCUACACAAUUUUUUUGCAUAUGUAUGAAUUGUUAUGAAUACAGUGUCUUUACCAAUCUGUCUUAAUUAGUGAUUUAUUAAUAUUAUUACUAUUACUUUUAUUUUAUUUAUUUUAUUAAACAAACAAAAAUUAUUCAUUUGCUUCAGUCAUAGUGAAGAUAAUUUCUUUUUUUAUUUACUUGUGAUAAAUUGUUACUUUCAAAUGAAUGUUUCAAUUAAAUUUGGCUUAAGAAUUAAGUAAGAACGAUGUUACAUUGAAAUUGCAUAAUUUAGAAAAACAAGUUAUCAAUAUAUGUAUUGUUUUAUAUAAGUGCAACUGAUAAUAAAUCACUAAUACAAUUUA